GGAUGUUGGAAGUCGAAGUGGACUAAAUCUUGUGUGGUGUUAUGGUUUGAGAGGAAGCUUCAGCUGAUGUAUGAUGGAGAUUCUUCAAGUGACAGAUGCGGCUGUUAAAAGUUUGACUAAAACAGGAGGAUCUUCUGUGUCCCACCCACAGCCACCAUUAGAGGUGGCCAGCACUAAUACUAAGGAAAAUAACAAUGGCUGCGGCAUGGAGAAUGGCAUUAGUAAAACAGAUCACUCAACAAGAGCUAGAGAAGUUCUCAAACAAAAUUCAAGCACAAAUGGAACUGUGAAAAUUGUUGAUAAUUGUGAAGAAGUGCACCCAAAUUCCUCAGCUACUUAUAUUCAGAUCAAGUCACCCAGUUUGGUUGACAGGGUAUCAGCUGAGGCACCAUCGUUGAACUCAACGGUUUCUUCAGGAUCUGCAUUCAGCAAUUCCUCUAGGGUUAGAAUCUCAAGCAAAAGGGUGAGAGAAAUUCCAUCGCCAUUUGAGAAAACAUCAGAUCGUCCUCAGGAGGUGACUAGUGUUCCUCCAGCUUUGUCAACCAAAAGACAAAUCUGUGACCUGUUAUCUCGGACUGAGGUAGGCUCUAUGCCAGAAUCCUCUGUGGUGGUGGUAGAGUGCCAUAAACCCAAAACUGCUGCGGGAUCUGACGAAGGAGUGGCACAUGGAACCAGGAGUGUGCAGCCCUACCCCAGGCUCUUGUCUCCACGCCGUAGACAACAUGCCUCCAAAGAUGUGUCGGUGAAGAUAGACUCACCUGAUCAAGCAGAGAUCGUGAAUGUUCCUCAGAGGCUUGGUGACAAUAACAGCCCCAUCCACUCAGCCCUCCAGUGAGUUGUCUCACUCAGAAGAUGACCAGUCAAGGCACAGCGAUGUUUUGAGCACAGGACAGUUUCAGCCUUGUGGUAAAAUGCAUGUGCCCGCACUCAAACAAGGUGCCCCUGUGGUGGGUCAGUCAGCUGCUGAAUGCUACAGACAAUCUUCAGAUCUGCAUAUCAUUCACUGUCAGCUCUCAGACAAACAGAAGACCAUCAAGGAUCGUUUUACGAAGAGAUUUGAGAAGCCUGGUCCUGUUCGGCGAGUUGUACAGCCUAAAAUAGUGAGUCAAGCCAGCAAGUCAUCAAAUGAUGAGGAUGAGAAAACUAAACUAUCCUCAGCAAACACUGACGCCAUCACUGCAGCUGUAGCUGCUACUGCAGCCGUGGCAGCCACACAACCAUUCCUCAAAGCUCAGCAGGAUUUGGAAAGAAAAGAUGGCUGAGAUCUUGAAAAGUAUAUCGGACCUGAAAAGUGAGAAAGGUGAAGGUGCUACAGAAGUGGGCAGACACGAAAAAUACUUGGAGAAACCUGUACCUGAUCAGUUUUCUACACUUACCCAGGACAGGCUGGAUCAGUUGGAUAAACUUCAACAAAAACAGCUAGAAAUGCAGACUCAGCUGUUGGCGAUGGCUGACAGAGAGUGUAAAUCGCUGCCAGUGAACAACCCCAGAACACCUCCCAAUCCAUCCAGAGCGCAGUCAAAGAAAGCUUUCUAUAAGUCCAAAGUUACUGAUGUAUCCAAGGGAAAUAAAUAUGAAAAGACUGCUAGCACAGUCCACCAGAGGGAGAGGGAGGGACUAAUGGCUUCUCCCCUGGACACACCUUCGCCCCGUGCCAAACCACCUCGGCCAAUUGGGUACAACUUGGAGCCACAGAAAGCUACCCAAAACGGUUGCAGUCUUCUGCAGGAAAUCCUGGCCACUCGUAGCCCAGAGAAGGAUGCAAAUGACACUCUCAGGAGUAAUUUUUCCUCUGGCUCCUACAUGCCACAGGCUCAGUCAACCCAGUUUCCUAGACAGCCUGCUGAUCGCCUUCCACUUACAGACAAGUCGCCUUUACCAAAUCCCAACGAGUCUUUGAUCGAAGAGCUUACCAAUCUCAAACAGCAGAUUAAGCAAAUGCUGAAGGAUGGUGAAGACUGGAAACAUGAUAUGAUUACCCACAACAACAACAAGGUAAACUGUCCCUACCAGAAGAGCUGGAAAACUCCACACCAGAAAUAA